CCCUCCCCCCCCGCCUGGCUGCCCCAUCUUGGUACGGCCCUGCCUGGCGUUCUAUCCCCCUCCGUUUCCUUCCAGGUUGGUUCAGCCCCCGUCUACUCCGGGGUGGUGCUUAGCCGGCGCCAGAGCGACCCUCGACUCCGGAGAGGCAGUGCCGUUCCCCUGGGCGCCUCGCCCUCGUCCUCGCCCGCCUCGGCAGCCUCCUCGACCUCGUUCGGCCCCGCUGCCGCCGUAGACUCCGGUGGAUGCCCCACCCCUGACCCUGUGAGAGAUAUGUCGACCCCGGCUCGCCGGCGCCUCAUGAGGGACUUUAAGAGGUUACAGGAGGAUCCUCCAGCCGGAGUCAGCGGGGCUCCGUCAGAGAACAACAUCAUGGUGUGGAAUGCGGUCAUUUUCGGGCCUGAAGGGACCCCUUUUGAGGAUGGAACAUUCAAACUUACAAUAGAGUUCACUGAAGAAUAUCCGAACAAGCCACCUACAGUUAGAUUUGUCUCUAAGAUGUUCCAUCCAAAUGUCUAUGCAGAUGGUAGUAUAUGUCUGGACAUACUUCAGAACCGUUGGAGUCCAACUUAUGAUGUAUCUUCCAUUUUAACAUCCAUACAAUCUCUAUUGGAUGAACCAAAUCCUAAUAGUCCAGCAAACAGCCAAGCUGCUCAGCUGUACCAGGAGAACAAGCGCGAGUAUGAAAAGCGUGUUUCCGCCAUAGUAGAACAGAGCUGGCGUGAUUGUUGACCCAACAUGCAGCAAAAGCAGCAGCUAACCGAAACAGAAGAAAAUAUAUUGAUGAGUUUGUCACCUUCUUAUUCAUUGUCAUUACAUUUACUUUAUUAAAAGCAAAAAGCUGG